CGGCGACCCUAUCGCAGCAGCCAGCAACAAUCUUUCCAACCCUCCUUGCCUCCCAACAGGCCCGAGCUGCAGCGCUGUGAUCGACACGGGUUCUUGCGAUGCUAGGUGGCGCCCGCAGCAUACAAGCGGCUUGAUGCGGCCGCCGCAUGGACAUCUGACAGCUCACAGCUCCCACGCACCCUCACCAUGUCGCUCCUCCAGGUCGAGGAUCUUGUUUCGCACCAGCUGCGGACAAGCUACCUCAGCGAGGUAGCCGAUGGCGUGGGCGAACGCCUCAUCACGAUUAACGACUCUUUCCUCAACACCGGUCCAUUCAAAGCUGCUGGCUGGCGAUCCAAUCCGGCGCACAUCAAACGAACACAUUCCCCUCCGAUCCCGACGGCCGUCGCCUCCGAAUACUUCCAGGCUGCCCCUCGACUGGCUGGGCUCACUCUUGAAGAUGAAGCAGACGAAGGAGGCAUGCUGACCGGCGGCGGAGGCGACACGCUUGGCCCAACAAAUGCUGCGAAACGGCGCAGGGAGAGGCGGAGGGAGCAGAUGGAGGAAGAAGAUAGCAGUGAUCUCAGCGACGAGAGCGAUGAAGAGUCAGAUCAACGCGCAGCACAGCAGAUAAGAUUUGCGAAGAUGCCGGUGCGCAACAGGGCAGGCUCAUCCCCGCCAGCCCGCAGCAGGGCCGGCUCGUCACCUCUGCAGCCGUCAAACUUGAGACAGACCACGAAUGUCUCGUCCCCACGAGCCGCGCCUGGCGCCAGAAGAGGAUCACAAUCCGCGCUUGAGACGGUUAAGGAGCGAGCUCGCCGAGAUACAGUGACCAGCAGCGAAGUAUCUUCGGAAAACGAAUUCGACGCAUCGGGAUUUCACAGGCAGCGGGAUGCUGCGCGAGCUGCAGCGAAGGCCGCGAGGAUCCAAGCGAAGAUCAAUGAAGAGCCUACAGAAGGUGUAAAGCGGCAAGGCAGUGAACUGCUCCCCGAAGAAGAAGAGGACAGCGACGAAUCUGAUACUUCUUCAGCCUUUGUGGGCAGUGUCGAUUCCACUGGUAUACUCGGGACAGGAGACACGCCUAUUGUCGGGGCUUCUCCAGGCCAGCAAGUCGUUGGUACCGUACCAAAGCAACUGCUCCGGCAGUCGACGGUACGGAAGCCCCCAACAGCACCGCAGCCGCAACUGCUCCAAGCGUUACCACCGCCACGGCCCAUGAGCACAAUCCGACCUCUCAGUGUUGUGCAGCCCCGGAGUUUACUUUCAGAUGCGUUCAAGACGAAGAAGACUGCGCCGUCCAUGUCAGUGGAGAGGUUUGCUUCCUUGUCCGGCAAGGGCGACCCAGAUCCUCUCAAGAUCCGUAUCUUUGCGCCGUUUUCCCAAGAGCCCGAGGAGCCGUUUGAGGUGCUGAUAAGACGGAGUGUGCAAGAAAGCGAUGGCACGUUCCGGCCUGUUCUGAUCGCCGAGCUCAUCGGACUCAGCUUGUGGACAUACUACGAGUCAAAACUUCAGCCCCCGAUUCCAGCGGACAAGAUGAGUGCCAACUGGUGGACCUUGCGCAUGGUUGAAGAAGACGGAGAGGUCGAUGACGACUUCCCGCCGUUUGAGCGCAAGAAGCCAGUCAACGCUUUCACUACUGCCAACAACAUGACGGGGAGGUCCCGGAGAGGUGGUAAAACGCACGAUAACUUCGGCCUGGUUCAAGCAUCAGAAUCUGAGUUUGCAGACAACCAGGAACAGACGCCGGAGUUCGGGCCAGAAGAUGCCGCUGAAGAGACCCCAGUAACCGCGGAUGAUUUGACGCCUGUUGCAGGUCAGCCAGCUCAAAUGAACAUACCCCCUCCAUCACAACCGCGUGCCAAUCCUAUCACGAACACGAGUGUGCGGAUAGACACACUAUUUGCCGACAAGCCCGCAGCACCUGCCGCAAUGCCUGUGGCAAGGGGCGGGCACCACAAGCUGUUACGCAUAAAUAUCAUAUCUGCGGACAUUGCGCCAGGACAAAUGGUGACCCUGGACGUCACUACCGACAUGUACCUUGCCGAGAUUCUCGAGCUAGUGUGCCGUAAACGAAACCUUGACAAGAGCCAGCAUGUCUUUAAGCUUCCCGGGUCGGGAGCUGUCGUAUAUCUCGAUCGCACAGUCUCAUCGAUUGGCAAUGUAUCAGAGCUCGAGCUGCACAGAAGACGUUUCGCGACAGACGGUCCAUUAACCAUGACAGGCUCGCCUAGCAGCUCUUCUCCCAAGUCGUUCGCAUGGACGGACUACAGCGCGCCCGCGAAGAAGAGUAAGGCCAAGGUGAUGACGCCACAUCCGCUGGCUCAGGAAGCAAUGCUGAAGCAGGACGAGGCCGGUGUCAAUGUGAACUACAAGAAGUACACUGUUUGGCGCAAGCAGCCAAUGCGUUUUGUUGGCUUGAACGAGCGGACUUUAGCCAUUGAUGGCGAGUAUGUCUACAUCAUGCCUUCGUCUGGUGGAAAGACGACACGCGAGGGUGGCAAGACGACCACCGUUCACUUCAGCAACGUUGUCGGGUGCAGCGUGUCUAGAAGGCACCCGACUCAUUUCAAGCUCAUGGUGUACAAGGCCACUGAGACAAAGCGCUACGACUUCGAGGCCCGGAACACUGUUGAGGCUGCAGAGAUCGUGCAAGAGUUGAAGAAGGGCGUGGCACCAUAUAACCGGGACAUUUGAGAUGCUGCAAUGUGCCGGGAACGAUCACUCGGAUCCAUCGAGUUAAGCACAAGUUUUAGGUCGACUGUCAGCAGUGCAAGAUACCCGUAACACUUACAAAGAGACACCCGCCUCGCCACAACUGCAGCCCUCGCUUUGCUGAUGCUAUGGCAACGACUUGAGUUGCGGAAAUAAUCACAACGCUUUAAGCCAUGUUGCUUAUAGCAGAGCAUGAUUUGAGCUUGGUACUUUCCGAGGACAAUUGUUGUGACCUGUAUGUAGCAUGCAUGACCUUAAACGCUGUGC